GGGACUGAGCCAAAGGGUUGUCUGGAGGCUCCAGGGCAAAGACACCUAGCCUGCCAUGCUGUGCCGUCUGCCCUCCAGGCUGCCAGCCAGGAUGUGGGGCAGGACUUUGGAGAAGCAGUCAUGGAGGAACAGCAGUCAGACUCCUUCCCCAUGUCUUAUCCAUAGACUGGACCACAUUGUGAUGACAGUAAAGAGUAUCAAAGACACCACGAUGUUUUAUUCCAAGAUCCUGGGCAUGGAAGUCACAACUUUCAAGGGCAAACGGAAAGCAUUGUGUUUUGGAGACCAGAAAUUUAACCUCCAUGAGGUGGGAAAGGAAUUUGAACCCAAAGCUGCUCACCCAGUUCCUGGCUCCCUGGACAUAUGUCUGAUCACAGAGGUACCUUUGGAGGAAAUGGUCCAGCACCUCAAGGUUUGUGAUGUCCCCGUUGAGGAGGGUCCAGUCCCCAGAACAGGGGCCAAAGGACCCAUUAUGUCCAUCUACUUCCGAGACCCUGACAGAAACCUGAUUGAGGUGUCCAACUAUAUCUCCUCAUGAUUGAGGCUGGCCCUCUGCCAUUCUGUUCCCUGUGAUGUCUCCCUCUCCCUUUCUGCCUGCAAACUCUCACCCAAGCCCAGAGAUCUCCAAGGACUGAGGACUUCAGCACUUCAUUCUUCCUACUGGGGGGACCUGAGUUGGGUUUGGGACCAAAAUUACAUGUCUGAAUGUCCUCCAUCCAAGGCUCCCCUAAUAAAUUAACAACCUCUCAAUUAA